AUGGACACGCAGCCUUCGGAGCAGAAAGUGGUGGCCGGGAUAUUUGCCAAGCACGUGCUGUUCGUGCCUACACAUGAUGCCGAGACUGGUCAUUGGUGGCUGGCUUUGAUCGUCCACCCGUGGGCCGCUGCGUCCAGCGGGCUGUCGCAGGACUGCAAGCCCUUCAUCGCCUUCCUAGACUCCAUUGACCCAAGGCUGUGCUCGGGUAUGUCGGUUGAGGAUGUACAGGUGGCGGCACAGGCCGCCGCGGCGGCUGAGCCGCGGCAUCAGAAAGCCUUGGAGCUUCUGCGGGACUACUUGAAGAAGGAGUGGUCAGCAUGUUUUGGCUCUGCGGCUGAGUUUUGCCCUGAGAACAUACCCGGCAUCUCCCUGACGGUGCCCCAGCAGACCAAUGGGACCGACUGCGGAGUCUUCGUGCUUGAGUUUGCUCGUCGCCUUUUGGAUGACCCUGCUGCGCUGGACUACUUGUGUGCUUAUCAGGCUUCCCCGCCGCAGCUCUCGGCGCCGCCCUCCGGGAACCUGCGCCGGCGCUGGCGGAAGCUGGGCCAGAAGCUGGCGGCGGACGCGAAUGCGAGGCCCAUCGCCACACCCGCCAGGGCCAAAGAGGAGGUCAAGCAGCCUUGCAGAGAAACGGAGAAGCAUGAGACGGGCAGGCAGAGGAAGCUGCGGAGGGCCGAGAGCAGCGAGUCGGAAGCGCCGGACAUCCAGCUCCUGGACUCUCAUUUGCAGCGCUUGGCAUCUGGCAGCUCUUGCGCAGAUCGGGCCUUCGCCUUUGACAGCCGGUUGCACAACUUGCUGCUGGAAGGCAAGUGGUCUGAGGUGAAGACGCUCACAUCAGCUCUCAGGCAAGACAUGGCAGAAGGCAUCUUCUCGCGUGACGUCAUCAUGGUGCCCUUGCAUGACGCGGGGCACACAUGGCUGGCUCUCAUUGUCCAGCCGUGGGCUGCCGCCAAUGUCUCCGAGAGCGUGCUGGAGUCUCUUCCUGGCCUGGAAGCCUUCGUUGCAUGGUUGGACCCAUGUGCCCGCAAGGCCUCCCAAGAUGUUCGCAGACGCGCGCUGAAGCUCCUGCAGGACUUCCUGAAGAGGGAGUGGACGGAGUGUUUCGGUUUGGCCAGCGACUACCAAGAGGCUCGCAUCAAGGAGGUCUUGUUGCAGGUGCCGGAGGGAAAGCGCAGUGGUGCAAGCAUUCUGGAGCUUGUGAAUCGAUUGCUGGAAAGUCCCCGGCUGUUGGAUCACUUGUGCAGCUCCCAGGAGUCGCCGCUCGAGCUGCUGGCCCCCCUUGCCCGCAAGUGGAGAAAGCUUUGA